AUGGCUUCUCAUCUAAAAGGUGUUGCAAAAUUAACUAUGUCAGAUCAAAUACGUAAGGAGUUGUGUGAGUACAAGAGAGAUAAUCCUGCAAGCACACAAAAAGACUUGCAGAGAUUGCUUGAGGGAAAAUUUCAGUUGAAAGUUAGUCAAGGAACAAUAUCAAACACACAUAAACGGUCAAAUGACUAUCUCUCUGCUGAAAUAGAAAAGGGAAGAGUAGAGAUCAAAAGACACAAACCAACAAAAUAUCCCGACAUGGAGAAGGUUGUUUAUGAGUGGUUUCUCCAACAUCAAGAACGUGUGAAUAUCACAAGAGAAUUAAUUUUGCAGAAGGCAAGAGAUACAAUGAAACUCGUGUACCCUCAUGAUGAUUUAGAUUUUAACUUCUCUAUAGGAUGGCUUGGGAGAUUCAAGAAUCUACAUGGCAUAAAGUCAUUUCGUCAUUUUGGCGAGAGUGGGUAUGUUGAUGUACAAGACAUGGAGCAGAAAUUGGUAUCGAUUCGGGAGAAAAUUGAUCAGUUCCCUAUGAAAGAUGUUUUCAAUAUGGAUGAAACUAGGUUGUUUUAUAGGCUACAAGUUGAUCAUUCACUGGCAACAAAACAACUUGAAGGAAGAAAACAAGAUAAAGAAAGGAUGACGGAAGUUAUUUGUUGCAAUGAAGAUGGCUCUGAAAAAAUCCCUCUAUGGAUUAUUGGGAAAUAUGCAAAGCCUCGUUGCUUCAAUAAUGUCAACAUGAAUAACUUGAAUUCUCAGUAUCGAGCUAACAAAAAAGUAUGGAUGACUAGUGUGUUUUUUUGA